AUGAGCCCCGGAGCUCUAGGAACGCUCAGCAGUCCCACCAGGUCCUUGUCUCCCCUCCUACCUACAUCGGACCUUCUCUCCCCCAGGACGAUGAGCCCAGUUCGCCGGAGUUCCAGAUCCGGCCAGGAGAAUGCGCCUCCUCCCGAUCCCAACAUCCAGAUCGAUCGCUCGGCUUCACCCGUUGUCUUGAAGAAGUCGCCGACCAGACUGCGAAACAUGGAGAAGGUUGUCAGUGAUGUGAACUCCGUGGAGGAUGGAACGCCAGAUGGUUCUGAUUCAUCGGUGAAGGUGGGUCAAGGCUGACUUUUCCUUCUGGAGUUGAAACUUUCGAGACACAUACUCCUUUGAAGCCUUAUGCUUCAUUUUUAUUUUUCAUUAGCCUGGACGUGCUCGGAUCUAAUUCUUUUUUCUCCGAUCUUCCGAAUUCGCUCAGUUCUGUCCACUUUUCAGUCCACUUCACACAAACAUGGAAUAUUCUUCUUCCCACGCUUACGCUCUGGAAUGUAAACUCCGACUGCGAAUUGCCCCUUCCUUCAUCAUCAUCAUCAUCUCCAACACCAGCAUCGUCGUCGUUGUCCUCCUGCUCCUCCUCCUCCUCCUCAUCAUCUUUUCUUCUACUUCUUCCCCUCAUCACCGACAUUCACCGUAUUCUGCAGGUUGUUGUUCGAAUCAGACCGGCCCAUGCUCACGAUAAAGGAGGGGAGAAAGUAACAAAGAAAGUCUCUUCUGAUUCGUUAGUGGUUGGAGGGAGAUCGUUUUCCUUUCAUUCGGUUAUGGGACCCGAGUCCACUCAGGUUGAUCCUCGGUUCUAGAAUUCGUCUAAUUAAUAUUUUUACUGGGACUCGGACAAAUCACGGCUUACCUUUAUGUGAUUUUAUCCUAUUUCCUGAUGAUACUCAGGAAGACGUCUUCCGGUUGGUUGGAUUGCCAUUGGUGAAAAAUUCCAUGGCUGGGUUUAACACUUCAAUUUUAUCGUAUGGAGAGGUACGGAAUGGUCUCUUGCCUUCUGCAUAGUUGAUCUCAAUCAGUGGACUGUUAAGUACUCGCUCUCUUAUAUAAUUUCAUCAUUUUUGUGCACAAGACUGGAAGCGGGAAAACAUACACAAUGUGGGGUCCUCUUAGUGCCAUGCUUGAAGAGAGUUCUAUCGACACCUGUCAGGGAAUUGCUCCUCGCAUAUUCCACAUGCUCUUUCAAGAGAUUCAGAAGGUUAACCUGUUCUUUCCCAUUUUAUGUGUUAAAUGAAUGCAAACUUACAUUCAUGGGGUUUAGGGAAUAUCGGCAACGCUUGGGCAUCUUAUUCGGAUUUAUUGGUUUGAAACGUGAUAUAAUGUUCAGUUCCAAGUGCUGACUCUGUGCGAGAGCCUUAUCAUGCAUUUUUCCUGUUGAUAUUCGUGCAACUUUAUAGACUAUUUUCUCAAGGUGGAUCUUCCAAUUUUCAUUCAGAACCAAGAGAGCGCUGUUGACAAACAGUUGAGCUUUCAAACCAGAUGCUCCUUUCUAGAGGUAAAUUUGAAUGAUCGAUUAGCACUCCUCAGAGUCCUCAGUCAUUCCUUUAAACGUAUAUUUUUCGCAUGUGCAGAUAUACAAUGAUCAGAUAAAUGACCUACUUGAUACCUCUCAGAGGAAUCUUCAGGUAAUACAUUUGCCUUUCUCCUUUUGGAUCACAGGUGUUAAUCUCUACUUCUGCCUGAUCCUUAUUGUCUUGUUCAUGACUGUAUGUUUAACCUCCAUUGAUUUACCAGAUAAGAGAUGAUACCAAGAAUGGUUUCUAUGUUGAGAACUUAACCGAGGAGUAUGUUACCACCGUUCAGGAUGUAACUCAGAUUAUAGUGAAGGUGAGACGUCUUAUUUCACUUUGAAAGGCACGUUCGAUAGUCCUGGAACUGCCACAGCCUGUAUACAGAGCUUUCGUUUAGUUUUCCGAACACGCUGAUUCUUUGAUUUUGGGUUAUAUGUUAUCUUUCUAAUCCAUAAUUCCAAUUAAGGAUCCUGUAAUCAGUUCCUUGCAUCAAAUCAAUGUUCUUUUUUCUUAACUUGAAGUUUGCUUAAGGUAUUGUAGUUCCUUUUUUUUUUAGUAUACUAGAUGAAGAUGAGUGUUAUUUACCAUACUCAUAUUUUAACAUCACGUGAAUUUCAUAACAUUUACCCUUAGUUUGUAAAUUUCAUGUUUUCGUAUAUUGAUUUCUUAUGGAAUUUUUUUCAUGACUGUUUCUCUCUUUUACCGUAUCUUGUGCUUGAAAUCUUUAUUGGUUGUUGUAGGGUCUUUCCAGCAGAAGGGUCGGUGCAACGAGCGUAAAUUCCAAAAGUUCACGAUCUCAUAUUGUCCUUACGUGCGUCAUUGAGUCUUGGUGCCAAGUAUGUUACGACAAUCAUACUGUUCGCUUCUUUUUUUCAUUAUUAUUAUACGAGUAUUUCUGCUACAAGUUGACUCUUAAAUUUCAAUAUUAUUUCUGGACUGGAAAUUCUGUUCUGCAAUAGAUAACGCCAGGAAGGCGUGCAUCCACAAUUUUAUUUUGGACGGUUAUUAUGAUCAUGAAACCUUUGUGGUCAGAAAGCGAAUAAAAUAACUAGUAAUAAUUGUUUUUGACAUAUUGCUAGCUUUUCUUGGAUAUUAUCUCUGUGGAUUGUUGUUGAAGAAAAAUUACUUGCUGCAGGGCACAUCAACAAAGUCUUUAAGUAGCUCAAAAAUUAGCAGAAUUAGCCUUGUUGAUCUUGCUGGAUCAGACAGGAACAAACUCAAUGAAGCUGAUAGACAAAACACAAAAGAAGGAAGAAAAGUACACAAGUCCCUAUCAAGUCUUGGGUACGACUAUGACGAUAUGAAUCAUUGUCAUAUUUCGUUUUUCCUUUUACAUGCAUUUUCUUAUCGCAUCAUUGAAUAAUGCCCAUAAAUAUCUAGUUUCUAUAUUACCUCCUCCUUUUGUCUAUAUCACAGGAAAUUAGUCAACAUUUUGGCCGAAGCAAGCCAUUCUGGAAAGUGCCAGGAUAUUCAAAUCCCAUACACGGACUCUUGCCUAACAAAUUUGAUGAGGGAAUCUCUGGGUGGCAACGCGAAGACAGCUUUCAUUUGCACAGUUUCCCCCGAUGCCAGGUAUCUAACGAAAUAAGAAAAUUUCCGAGAUGCAAAUAAUAUAAUAUCCCAACGUGCUGAAUGGAGAAUGGUGUUGUUUGAUGCAGUUGCGAAAAUGGAACAUUGCGCACAUUAAGGUUCGCACAACAGGCCAAAUGUAUUCAGAACAAACCAGCAGUAAAUGAAAUAACAGAGGAUUAUGUCAAUGACCUGAGUGAUCAGAUUCGUCAUUUAAAGGUAAGUAUUCCUUUAUAGCGCAUCAAAUAUUAAAUGUUUGGUCAACAAAUAGCUUCGUGUAAUACUCAUCUCUACAGGAAGAGCUGAUACGGGAAAAAUCAUACCAAGACACUCCAGUAGGUGCUACUGGUGGAUACUUGAGAGUAGAGAAGGCUCGUCAGAGUCUAAAUCUACUUAGGGCGAGUCUGAACCGGUCUUUAGCUUUACCCCCCAUGGAUAAUGACUCCGAGGAAGAGGUUGAAAUUAAUGAAGACGACGUGAGUCAGUUGUGUGAGCAACUAGGUGAUCUGCAUUCUGUCCUCGAGGAAAAUCCGAUCAUUGUUCAAGAUCAUGAUGGUGAUGUGAAAGGAGCAUCCUUAGAGGACCACUCCGGAAAUGACGAAGGGAAUGCCAGAGGCUCCAUUGCAGAUGGUUCUUUAAAUCUUCAAUGCGGAGUUGUCUCUUGCUUUGAGGAAAGCAAUCUCGAUGAACCUGUCUCAUCUGAAUCUCCCAAAGUCAGUAGUUCUCUGAAGAAAGGUUUUGCGAGCUCACCAAAUCUUUCUGAAAGCAAGACAAAAGGUCCUGCCGUCCCAAGUAACAAUUCAGAAGACAAGUCCAUUAAGAAGAAAAUGGAGCUUGUUCGUUCAUCUUUGCAGUCGAAAAAGCUAAGCCCAACUGAUUCUUUGGCCGCCAGCCUUCACAGAGGUUUGCAGGCCAUCGACUAUCAUCAGCGGAAUUCAGCCUCAGAGAAAACUCCUCUUACCUUUUCUUUCGAUCAUUUAAUAGCGAAAUCAUCCGAGUCUUCUGAUUUGACUGAUAAAAGUGUACCACAGUCAACCUCAGAGGGGCCUCUUACAUCAAAGUCAACUGCUCCUUCAUCCCAGAAGGAAAUCAACCCAGACAUGCAGAUUAAUCCACUUAGUAGUAGUGAAGGAAACUCUGGAGGCACAAAGGGCAAUCUCUUCGGGGUAUAUAUCAAAGUCAACUACUUCUGUUUUAAUUCUGCACGGAUCAGAACUGACCAUCUUUGUAACUGUCAGAACAAAGGAGACUCUUUGGCUGACAUCAUCAUUCGAAAGAAUGAACUGGAGAAGAUAUGUGAAGGGCAAGCAGCCAAGAUCAACGAGUUGACUAGUCUGGUAUGAGCUUUUUUUUAUCCUCCUCCGACUGUCAGUUCUGGCGUAAUGUGUGUCGUUGACAAAGUUCCAUCUCGAUUUUACUUGAGCAGGUUGAAAAAUACAAAACCGAGUGUGAAGCUAACUCCACGGCGAAGCAGAAGCCAGAACAAGAACUCCCCGGGGAAGACAACAUACCUGCGAAAGAUGAAUGCGAGGUCAGCGUCUUUGAUUAAUGUCGACACCACCUUCUCUCGCUGCCUCAUCAGACUUUGAUAAUGUUACUUACAAGGCACCGCGAUUUUUGCUUUUGGUCGGAAACUCUCAGAACCAUUGUGGCGAGGCACAGGAGGCCAUGAUCGAGAAGGAUCCUGAUACCGUAUCCUCCUCCGCGAACGACUCCCUCCUCCAUCUGCUCAGAAAUGGACCCCCCAACCCCAACCCUUCACAGGCAGACAGGGGAGAAGACCUCGAGGAGGAGAGGGAAAGGUGGACCGAGUCGGAGAGCAGAUGGAUCUGCCUGACGGAGGAGCUUCGGAUCGAUCUCGAAUCACACCGCCGGCUCGCAGAAAGCAAGGAUCGCGAGCUCGCCAUGGAAAAGAAGUGCUCAGCGGAGCUGGACGACGCCCUGCAGCGCGCCAUAGUCUCCCAAGUGAAGAUGGUCGAGCAUUUCGCGGAGUUACAGGAGAAGCACAACGAGGUGGUGGAGCGGCACAAGAGGGUCAUGGAAGGGGUUGCCCAGGUGAAGAAGGCGGCGGCCAAGGCCGGAGCCAAGGGCGCCGGCUCCGCCUUCGCCGAGGCCCUUGCUGCUGAGCUGUCGACACUCAGAGUAGAGAGAGAAAGGGAGAUUGCGCUCCUGAAGAAGCAGAACAGGGGACUGAGGGUUCAGUUGAAGGACACAGCAGAAGCUGUGCACGCCGCCGGUGAGCUCCUCGUGAGGCUGAGGGAGGCUGAGGAAGCCGUCACUGCGGCCGAGGUCAGUCAAGUUAAAAUGAUUUCAUUAAUUUCCUCACUCGUUUUCUUGUCAUGGUGUUCAUUCAUAUCAAUGGCCGGUUUGAGCUUCAGGGCAAGAGCGAGGAAGCGCAGAGGGAGAUGGAGAAGCUGAAGAAGCAGAUGCGGAAGAUGAAGGAGAAGCACGCCAUGGAGAUGGCGACGGUCAAGCACUGCCUGGCCGACAGCCGCCUCCCGGAGUCUGCUUUGGAGCCGCUGUUCCGGGCGGAAAGGAGAGAAGACGCCGCCGAAGGGUCGACCAGCGCCGGCGGCGACGAGGAGGAGUCGUGGAGAGCCGCAUUUGUGUCCUCCUAUAGAUAG